UUGCUGCUGGAUUUGGAGGAAUAUUAUUUUGAACAGCACACCGCGUACCAUGUGACAAGCACUUUAAAAAAGCAGAGAAAAAUCAGAGGUUCAUUCAAGAUUUGUUCCAAAUCGAUCAUAUUUGAUCCAGAGGAGCUUGCAGAACCAAUUAUAAAGAUUCCUCUGCGAGAUUGCAAGAAGAUUGAGUUUGUGGAGGAAGAGAAGAACUCUUUUAACAAACCCGGACCAUCAGUCAUAUCUAUUCUCUGCAAGCAGGUGAUAUACAUCAAAGAAAGCAACGUUAUUGCGCCUUACAGAAAUGAAAGGGUGGAAGAAAAGACGCUGACCUUUCAGUUAGAGUUCUGCAGUAAAACGGAGGAUGUUGUCCAGACGUUACUUCAGCUCCACAGGGCCUCCUGUCUGGAAAAACUUGGAGACCAGACUGCAAUGAUUGCUGCCAAUCUACAAUCCCGAAUGGCGAGGUCAUCGUUUGACAAAAACUGCUUUCAGAGUGUUGCUGAAAACCCUCACAUGGAGUGUGCAGUGGAGAUGGUCAUGCCUCUGGUGUGCAAUCCAGGCCAUGUCUGCGUAACAGAUAAAAACCUCUACUUCCAGCCUCUCAAUGGAUAUCCGGAAAAUGUGAUUCAGAUAAAACUGCACAACGUCAGGAGAAUCUACAAAAGACGGCUUGGUCUUAGACCCCUGGGUCUGGAGGUAUUCUGUUCUGAGAAUGACUUCUGUUCAGACAUAUACCUGAAGUUUUACAGCACGACCGACAGAGAUGAAGUCUACUACUACAUCGCAACUUUCCUGGAAAACCACACGAUAGAGCACACAGCAGAGAGUUACAUGUUGCAGUGGCAGCGUGGUCAUCUCAGCAACUACCAGUAUCUCCUCCACCUCAACAACCUGGCUGACCGCAGCUGCAACGACCUCUCGCAGUACCCCGUCUUCCCCUGGGUCAUCGCUGACUAUACCAGCCCGCGGUUAGGCUGUCCUCUAACUGCAGCUCCAGAGCACAUGCUGUGUCUCCAGAAUGGCCGCUAUGACCACGCUGACCGAAUGUUCAAUAGCAUAGGUGAGACGUGGAAAAACUGCUUGGAGGGAGCUACUGACUUCAAGGAGUUGAUCCCAGAGUUUUAUGGGACAGACCCCAGCUUCCUGGAAAACAGACUGAGUCUGGAUUUGGGGAGACGGCAGAAUGGAAGUUUAGUUGGUGAUGUCGCUCUUCCACCGUGGGCCACAGAUUCCAGUGAUUUUCUUCAAAAGCACAAAGCCGCCCUGGAGAGUCAGUUUGUGUCAGAACACCUUCAUGAGUGGAUUGACUUGGUGUUUGGCUUCAAGCAGAGGGGCAGUGAAGCUGUGGCGGCUCACAACGUGUUUCACCCACUGACGUAUGAGGGCGGGAUCGACUGUGACAGCAUUGAGGACACCGAUCAGAGAAUCGCCAUGCUGACACAGAUCCUGGAGUUUGGCCAGACGCCCAAACAGCUGUUCACCAGCCCUCACCCUCAGAGGAUCACCCCGAGGUUUCAGAACAUUACGCGAAGCUCGAGCAUCAACUCACCCGACGCUGAGCUAUCUCCAGCCUCUCAGGGCGAGGACUCGUCUUUCGAAGAUCUCACCGAGGAGAGCAGGAAGUUGGCCUGGGCAAACAUGGAAAGUCUGAAGCCCGUUUCCAGCCACAAGAUCCAUAAAGAAGCUGUGACAGGCAUUGCUGUGUCUCGAGGUGGAUCUGCUGUUUUCUCCACAUCUAAAGACUCGACACUUAAAAUGUUUUCCAAAGAGCUGAAAGAGUUCCAGAGAAGCAUGUCGUUCUCUAACAUGGCCUUGUCAUCGUGUUUGAUACUGGCGGACAGUAAAACGGUGGUGUGCUCUUCGUGGGACAACAAUGUGUAUUUCUACUCCGUCCCGUAUGGCAGGCGGCAGGAUACGCUGAUGGGUCACGAUGACGCUGUCAGUAAAAUGUGCUGGUUUGAGGACAAACUCUACACAGCAUCCUGGGAUUCCACUGUUAAGGUGUGGGAAUGCAACUCUGACAGCUUUUCCACUCACAAGAGAUCCCAGUUUAAUUUGCUGGGUGAGUUGGAACAUGAUGCUGGGGUGAACACGGUCAGUCUGAACCCAGCUGGGACUUUGCUGGUGUCUGGAUGUAAAGAUGGGACCGUCACCAUCUGGGACACCAGCAGCCAAAGGACUCUGCAGCAGAUCCACUGCCACAGUGGGACCAUCCACCACACGGCCUUCAGUCCUGAUAGCCGACACGUUCUCAGUGUUGGAGCAGACUCCUGCAUGAAGGUUAUCGACGUCCAGACGGGAAUGGUGAUCUCCUCUGUGAAAGCUGAAGAGGAGCAGAGGUGUUUCUGCUGGGAUGGAAACUGGGUGCUGUGUGGGGGCCAGUCUGGUGACCUCCUCCUGUGGGACCUUCUUACCAACACAGUUACCAAGAGGAUCCCUGCACACUCAGGUGCUGUCACAGCCAUGUGGAUGAGUGAGCUGUGCACCACAGUGAUCACAGGUGGAGAGGACCGACAGAUGAUCUUCUGGAAGCUCCAGAGUUAAAGUUCCACCUCUGUUGGGGAGAUAAAAACUCCCAGUGCAAUAUCCUGGACAACACAGGCCAAGUAUCCUGCUGACUGCCUUUGAAAGAGACUCACAAAGGACUUGAGACAUGCUGAAAACAUACUCUAAAUGUGCAGCAUCUCAGAGGAGUUGGCUCUGAACUGUUUUUAAUCCAAAACCAAGCAACAGGCCACACGCGGUCGUCUUAGUUUUCAUUGAUGUCUGCAUCUUGGGAGAAAAUGUCUACUUACAGUUUCAUGCAUGAGAGACGGAAGCAGAAGUGUACGUGUCUGAUUUUUCACUUCAGUUUUUAGCCUGUUAUACAUACAUGUGGACUUUGCCUAAAUUUAUUAACUGUUAAACAUCACGUAGCUAAUCUCUUCCUAACCUCCCUCCACUGCUCCGUAAAGGAUAAAGCAGGUGUAGUUGGUGGAUGGAUUGUACCUUGUUUUUAAAUAAGCAAUCAUGUUUCAGUAGCUUUAUGUGAAUUUUAAUUUUGCAGUGGAUUUACAGUGUCUGUCAGAGCUUUAUGGUGCUCAGGUUUUAUUAAUAAAUCAUGGUUGCCUCUAAAA